UGGUGUGGUAGUGUAACUUGUGAGAAUGAUUCUAAUUCUACCAUUUUCCGACACUGCAACUGCAGCCGAGGACAAAAACCCUUUUGAACACCUAAAACCCUUCAUGUUCGUCGCGAAGCUCUCCCGCCAAAAACAAGCUCCACUCGCGCUUGCUCUCAAACUCUCCACGCGCCGCCUCUCCUCCAGACUCCAUGACCACUACUCCUUCAAACCCCCACCGUCCCUCUCUCCGAGCCCCCAAAACCAAAGCCUCGACGGCAAAAACCCUAGCUCCACCAAUCUCAUGAAAAAGAACAAACCCCGUUACUGCCCACCGUCGUCGCUCGACCGGACGGGCUUGAAGCCCAUACGUUCAACCCUGCCGUUCGAUUUCAGGUACAGUUACACGGAGACCAGCCCUUCGGUUAGGCCCAUCGGGCUGAGGGAGCCCAAGUACUCGCCUUUCGGACCUGGCCGGCUCGACCGGGAAUGGACCGGGGUUUCUGCUCCGGCCGUGGACCGCAAGGUCAGAUCCGUGGAGGUAGUGGAGGAUCCCAAGUUGGACGAGAAGAGGAAGGCAAUGAGAGAGAGUAUUCUGGGAGAACCACUCACUGAGGCUGAGCGCAAGAUUCUUGUUGAAAGGUGUCAAAGGAACAAAACCAAGAGGCAAAUCAAUCUGGGAAGAGAUGGUUUAACUCACAAUAUGCUGAAUGAUAUUCAUAAUCAUUGGAAACAUGCUGAAGCAGUGAGGAUAAAAUGUCUAGGUGUUUGCACUGUUGACAUGAAAAAUGUGUGCACACAACUUGAGGAUAAAACAUUUGGAAAAAUUAUGCACAGACAAUGUGGCCUACUUAUAUUGUACAGAGGCAGGAAUUAUAGUCCCAAAAAACGGCCUUUUAUUCCAUUAAUGCUGUGGAGACCCCAUGAACCCAUAUAUCCAAGACUAAUCAAAACUACAAUUGAUGGCCUGAGCAUAGAGGAAACAAAGGAAAUGAGAAAGAGAGGAUUAUCUGUCCCUGUUUUGACAAAAUUAGCCAAGAAUGGUUAUUACGGUAGUCUGGUACCCAUGGUCAGAGAUGCAUUUAUCUCCUCUGAACUGGUUCGGAUUGAUUGCCAGGGUCUUGAGAGGAGUGAUUACAAAAAAAUAGGCUGCAAACUGAGGGAUAUGGUGCCUUGCGUCCUAGUAACUUUUGAGAAAGAGCAGAUUGUGGUUUGGAGGGGAAAGGACUAUAAGCCUCCAGAGAAUGGAUACUUCCUUGCUGAUCGGGAACCAUUUGAUGACCCUGAAGCUUUUGUGUUCUCUUAUGAAAAAAGACAUGAUAAAACAGCCAAUGAUUAGUAGUUCCUUAUAAAGUUAUUCUGCUACAAAAUUACUAAUACCAACUCGGAUGUUAUUUGUUGGAGUUGAUCAAGAUUGCAAAUGCAGCAAACUGAUAUGGGUAUUCCUCUUCAUCCUUGAAGAAGAAAAUUGAUGUCUCUGUCUAUGAAUUGCAUGCUAUGUUUGUACACCAGCCAGCCUUCAUGCUCACGGCUCAUUGGCUUUGGGACAAGAAAAGGAGAAGCAGAGAAGGAAAGAAUCAAUGUGAAAGAUUGUGAAAGAAAGAAGGAAGAGUAUCAAAAUUAGAUUACAAAGGUAGGUCAAUUAUUGUAUACAUUAUUUUGAUGGGGAUUGUGAAGAUGUAUACUUACCAAUUUCUUUACCUUUUGUUAAAGGAAUGUGGACAUAAUUAUUUUGAUCCCAUUGAGGGGGGGAGGAAAAAAAAAAGAGCAGAUUGCUCAAAGUGGCUGCAAAUACAAGUUCCAAGCAUUGCUCCUUUUUCUUUGAGUAUUUUAGCAGGAUUAGAUUACAAAGGUAGGUCAAUUAUUGUAUACAUUAUUUUGUUGGGGAUUGUGAAGAUGGAUACUCCCCAAUUUCUCUACCUUUUUUUUUGUUUUUUAGCCGAAACCCAAUUUCUCUGCCUUUUGUUAAAGGAAUGUGGACAUGAUUAUUUUAAUCCCAUUGAGGAGGGGAAAAAAAUAAUAAUAAUAAUAAUAAUUGCUCAGAGUGGCUGCAAAUAAAAGUUCCAAGCA